CCUCAAAUCUAUGCAUCCAAAUCUGUUACAAAUGAAAGAUUCACAAGAACCAAAAAAAAAAAAGGCCAAGACCUUUAUCAAACCGAACUAAACGGCUUUUCUCCUUCAUCAAACGCAGAGCCAGACCAUUCCCACAUAGACACACCUUGAGCCACUGAGCUUGGUUUAGUAAUUGGGAUCUUUUAAUAGACUCAUACCUGGAGCGUUUACCCAAAACUGAGUUCUUUGUUGGCUCCCAAUGUUCCAAGAAAGCAUACUUGGGCAGCUCUGACUCAACAAGAGCAAGCUUUGGCUCAACUUUUUGAAAUGUGGUCACACCAAGUCACCAACCAUACAAAAAUUCGUUUCUUUUUUAACUUUUCUGGACUAGCCCAUUCAGUGAAUGUCUAUCACUUCCACCAUAAAGAAGAAGAAAAAUGAUAUCUAAAAAAUAUUAUAUGAAACAUAUUUUUUUAGUAUUUUUCCGAUAUUGAAACUGUAGGACCAUGAUUUAUGUUGAAUAAUUGCAGCAUAUAUUAAUUAUACCAACCAAAACUUAAAAAAAUAAAAAUAAACUGGUGUAACCUGGUGCAAACUGGUAAUCAAGAACAUAGUAUAUCAUUUUAUAUAUAAUAACAAAGUUAUUGUUUUUUUAUAAAUUAAAUAAAUUCAAAAAAAGUUCAAAAAAUAUAUAUAUUUCCCAUAUAACUUACUAUUUUAAUUAAAUUUUAUAGAAAGUAUUUACAGAAAAAUAAAUAAUCAUAGAAAUAUUUGUGCACAAACUCAUUAAAUGUCUGAUCUUAAUUUUUUAUUUAUAAUACUUAAUUAGUUAAAUAAUAUAUUGCAGUAUGUUUAAAUAUCAAUUUCGAAUUAUUUAAUAAAAUUGAUAAUUUAUUCUCUUUAUAUGUAUGUUUUUGGUGAUAAUAUACUGUAUUUUUAUUGCUUUAAUUAUUAUUAUUAUUAGUAUUAUUAUUAUUAAUUCUUUUAUUUAUUAAUUUAAUCUGAAAUUUUUAAACCAGAAAUUUCUAAAAUCUAAAUCAUCAUUCAAGUUUUUUUUCUAAAAGCUAAAAUCUACAGAAAAAUCAGAAACUAAAAAUUGAAAACCCCAAAAUCCAAAAACUAAAUCAAAAACCAAAAACAAAAAAAAAAUCAAUAAAAAUCAGCUUAAAAUCAAUUUAAAUUUUGAGAAAUAAGAAAAAAGGAAAGAUACAACUAGAAAGGAAACAGUGAACAACCUAUAACAGACUCAGCUUCUUAUAAAUAAGAUAAAUAAGUAUGCAAAUCUGAAAAUCAAUUGAAACUUUGGGGAAUAACAAAAAAAAAAAGGAAAGAAGAAACUAAAAAGGAAAUUAAACAUGAUAAUUUAGUUCAAAAAAAUUAAACACGAUAAUCAACAAAAACAAAAAGGAAUAGUGAACAACCUACUCAAGUAGCUUCAUAUAAAUAAGAACGCUACAGACUCCUCUCUAAAGCUAUCAUUGAUUCGAUUACUUGUUACUCAGACCAAAAACAAACACACAAAACAGAGUCAAAAACCUUAUUACAGAGUAUGACCAAGAUGGUGAUGAUUAAGGAAGACAACAACAACAACAGCAAAGCUCCGAAUGUUGUUGGCCAAUCUUCUUCAGUACUGGAGUUUGUCUGUUUUCUUGGCCGAGGUAGUUUUGGUUCGGUCGCUCUCAUAAGAGACUCCAAACAAAGGUUACACGCUGAGAAAUCAUCUCCAAUAGCUUACAUGGAGAGUCUCAAGAAAGAGCAUAGGAUCAUGCUUCGUUUCCGUAACCAUCCACGCAUCGUCCAAACCACAAACCCUAAUCUUCACAUAGGUAUCAACCUCGACCAUUGUUACAUCUACAUGGAGUUUGCCUCCAAAGGUACUCUCCACAACUUCAUCUCCAACUUCAGUGGCCAACCAAUGCCUGAGGAUAUGAUCAGACGUGCUGCUCUCAUGAUCCUUCAAGGACUCGAGGCUCUUCACUCUCGCGGCUACGUUCACUGCGACCUCAAGCCGGCUAACGUUCUCCUCUUCCCUUCCAAGAUUGUCGGAGAGCCGUGGGAUCUCAAGCUUGCUGACUUCGGUCUAUCUAAGGAGCCUUCUUGUACGAAUCCAAGGUCCUUGUCUGGCGGUACAAAGGAGUACAUGUCCCCUGAGUCGUUGGGACCCAACCGAGUGAAGAUGAUUGGACCAGGUGUUGACAUGUGGGCUCUAGGGUGUAUUGUGCUUCAGAUGUAUGGAGGCUAUCCAGUGAAGAUGGGAGAAUGUUGUUACAAGUGGAGGCUUCCGAGACUUGUAUCUCCGCUGGCCAACGACUUCUUGAGGCGGUGCAUGGCGUUGCACCCCUCACGCAGAGCCACCGCAGCGGAUCUGUUGAAACAUCCUUUUGUUUGAACCAAGGC